CUGAGAUGAGGAUUUUAAAAGACAGCGAGGGAAGGCGGUGACUAUAUUCCCAUUAUUUCUUCUUCAGAGAGCUGCACAGAUCGACUGAUAGGAUGACAAAAGCAGUGGUUCUGUUUUCGGUGCUGCUCCUGGGUUGGACCUGGAGCCUCCAGGGGGUCCAUACGCAGGAGGAUGAUAGCAUGGAACAGAAGGUGAAUGGUGCUGAUGCUCCUGUUGUUGAUGCUCCUGUUGUUGAUGCUCCUGUUGUUGAUGCUCCUGCUGUUGAUGCUCCUGUUGUUGAAGUUCUUGCUGUUGAAGCUCCUGCUGUUAAUGCAACUGACUUUAACAAAACGGAGGUUUGUGUGCUAGCUCCAGAAACAGGUUUAUGCAGGGCGUUUGUACAACGUUACUUCUACAACUCCACCUCAAUGAACUGUAAAAUCUUCAUCUAUGGAGGUUGUCAGGGCAACCAGAACAACUUUGUGACUGAGAGAGACUGCCUGCAGAGUUGUCACACUGAAGAAGAAGAAGAGGUAGAAGAAGAAGGGACCCCGACACCAUUGUGUUUAACAGAGUGUGAUGAAGAAACAGUGCUGAAUAUCUGAACUUUAAGGAAUGCUAUUUGUAUCUAAUGAAUUUCCACCUUCUCCUUACUAAUACUACUUGACACCAGGACCACCAAAAAGUAAUGUUGUGAUUUUUGUGCCAGCACUUGCAAAUUAUACAUAAAUUUAUAAAAACAGAUCACAAAUUAAACAACUCAUGAACAUC